AGGUCGAAGCCAUUCGUGCUCAAGAGUGUCCCUCAGGGCCCCCAUUCUGCGAGCGCGACUGCCAUGCUGGAGCCCAUCCCGGCGCGGGGGGCCCUGCUGCCGCACUUGCACGGGCCAAGUGCUGCAGAGCCUCCUUGUGAACGGCCAGGCCAGCAGGGCCGGCACGGAUUCGAGAGGUCAUGCAUAGGAAGGCGUUUCGCAGCGAGGCUGGGGUACGCAGUCUUUGCACUGCUGCUGAUCUACGGCUCUGGCUUCCCACUUCUGCUCUCCACCGUGCUGCAGCAGGUCGGCCACUUGCCAGAGGGACCAUGGUUCUUCCGCGUUCUGUACCCGAUUGGCUACUCCCGCUUCGAGCGGGGCGAGGACAGCACUGUCGACUUGGUCACCCAGCCUUACUUGAUGCUGGCCAUCCCCUGGUUUGUUGCCUCCAUGGUCUGGGAAGCGUUCAUGAUUUGUGUGGUUGUCCCGCCGACCUGGAGGCCGAAGCACGUGUACCGGAUAAACGACACCAUGUCAUCCUUAUCCACAGGUGUAUUGUACAUGCUGGCAGCGCAGGUUAUCCUCUUUCAGUGGGCAAAGCCGCUUUACACCUCCAUCUACUCGCACUUCCGCGUGACGGACGCGUUUCUAGACUUGCACAGCGUCAUGGGUUGGUGGCUCUGUCUGCUGAUGAACGACAUACUGUACUACGUCUACCACCGGGCAAGCCACACAAUUUCUUGGCUCUGGGCCGGACACGUAGUACACCAUAGUUCGGAGGAGUACAAUUUGAGCACGGCAUUGAGGCAGCCGGCCAUCGACUUCUUGACGCCCUCGCUGCUUCUCUCCUCUACGGGCAUGGCUUUCUUCUUCCCACCAGAGAUGGCGACGCUUCACGGUGAGUUCAGCCUCUUGUACCAGUUCUGGAUACACACCCAGCUGGUGCCUCCUUUGCCAACCAUAGAGCUUGUCUUCAACACGGCGUCCCUCCACCGUAUCCACCACGCGAGGAAUGCUCACCUACUCGGCAAGAAUUACGGCUCGAUUUUCAGCUUGUGGGAUCGCGUUGGUGGAACCUUUGAGUCAGAGCCCUCGGAGGGCGAGGAGAUUUAUUAUGGUAUUGUUCCACCACUGAACAGUUGGAGUCCCCUCUGGGCCAAUAUUGUUCAUUGGCACCAUAUGCUUAUGGUGCAGCGCAGGUGGCAUGGCUGGAAGACUUUGUUCGUGCACUGGACGCCACCGAACGGUUCUUGCCCUCGGCUGGGCAUGCGGCUGAAUCCGCGCACGAAGUAUGACAAGGCCCCCGCCACAGCACCGCUCAGCGCUUACGUUGCGCUCGAGUUUUCCCUCGGGUGCGCUGGCGCCGUUCUUCUGAUCAUGCUCGGGCCACCCGUCGGGCUCGUGGCCGCAGCCACAGGCCUCCCCGAGGACUUUUCCGCAGGCCUCUGCCACGUGGCGGCUUUCUUGGCGGUGCUCGCCAGCCUUACUUCUGUGGCCGCGCUGGAGUCCGCGGAGCCCGGCAGGUCGCUCUGCCGUGCACUCAUUGGCAACGCUACGGUCCACGUGUCGAUCGCGGUCGCUUGUUUGGCUCUCCUCUGUGCAGGGGCGACACGCGCGAUGAGCACCGCAGUGGGCGGCGUUGUGUUCUCCUAUGCAGUCUUGCACUUGGGCGUGCCCGCGGUCCUCUGCCUGAAGGAGAGGCGCCGUGUGGCAUCCGCAGCGCGGCAGUGAGAUUGCACGAGUUGUUAUUUGAGUCCACGCGCAAGCAGCCCGUCGUUCGUCUUUCUGCUACGUGAGUGGGCUAUGCUCCAGUGGCGUCUGCUCCCCCGCAUUCCUUCCCGUGCUCCCUCGCUGCCUUUCUUCAUGCCCUCCCGCCGUCCACCUCUCCACUUCCCUGCCCCCUCGUUUUU